AGACUGAGCCAGUCAACCAUAAAUACAAUGGAAGAAACGAACCGAGCGAUUACUGGCGGGAAGGGCUGAAGAAAGAAAACGCCAUCCGAAUUGCCGCGGUGAAGCACCGCCACAGUCCAUCAUGGUGAAAACUGUGGUCGGAGAAGAGUCUCGGCUGAAAAUCGUCGAGGAUCGCCUCGCUCAGUCCGCAAUUCCAUCGGAGAUCGGCCUUGUGAUCGGAAGACUUAGCUCUCCAUUAGAUAGAGGUUUCGUUUUCGAUUUGGUCCCAACUCCUCUCAACGACGCCGGAGAGGCGGCUUGUUCCCUCGUCGGCGCCAUUAAAGACGAUAAGAAGAAGGGAUCGAAAGGCAAAUCUCCAGCUGUCGAUUCAUCGUCUUUGGUUAUCGACAAGGAUUGGGUUGCUGAACAUGCUCGACAGGUUCGGAGAAUGCUACCGGGUGGUGUGAAGGUGAUUGGCAUUUAUGUUUGGGCCAGUGAAAUGGCGGUUAAGAAUUCAACCCUAAUGCUUUGCCAGACUGUAAAGACUGUUGCGGAAGCAGCACCAGUCAAUGACUUGGAGGAAAGACUCCUCGUCCAUAUCUGUUAUAGUCCAAGGAGGUGGACAUGUAAGAAUUUCUUUUUGACUUCAAAUAUCACAUCAAACAGUUUGCGUCCUUGUGAUUUUAAAAUGGGAAGAGUCUUAACAUCACUUCAGACGUUUAAGUGUAUGUUCAAUUUUGAUAUGAGGAUACCUGUUUGGAGGGCAUCAAAUACCCAAAGAUUAAUAGAUGUAAUUCGUAAUGAAAUUUCCAUUCAAGCUGAUGUUCUAAAAGGUGCAAAGGCCGUGGUUGAUGGAAAUCUGGUUGUCAGUGAUGACCCUUCGAUUGUAGGGGACUUGCAUGAAAUUGAACUACUCCUACCAUUCCUGAAAAAUACGUCUUUUGAAGUGUCCAGCCAAAAAGAUGUUGAUGGUAUCAUGGUCUUUAGAGGCUCUGUUUGUUCUUUUGCUUAUUUGAAUUCAAAAGAGCCUAUUUCCGAAGCUGUAAGGGAAAUAAAGGGAGAUAUCAUUACAAGUUUACAAAGUAGAUUGGACAUAAUAUGUGAUGAGGUAGAUGCAGAUAAAGAUGUAUCUAACGACGUUCAUAAGGAUGCAAAUGAAGUGGCAUCAGAACAACACGUUUCUCAGCUCUUCCUUCACUCAUUAAGGAAAAAGUGUGAUCUCUCAUUUCCUCGAAGAGUAUUUGUUCCUUGGUUGGCAGACAUAUACAUUUGCGACUACUUGCAACCAUCUGAGACAACUGAGGUUUUGAAAGAAAAUUGCACUGAAUUAAUGUCCAUGGAAGCACCAAUGGACAUGAAAUCAGUUCUUGAACCAGAAAAAGAGGCUCUUUCCUUCUCUACAGAAUUAUUUUGGGACGUGGCCUCCCCAUUCCAGUCGACUGAGACUUCUUUAGUGAAGAACAACAUAAAUGAUGAUACGAGAACGGGCAAUGACGUAGUUUUGCGCAGCAAGUCAAGUGGUAUUAAUAUUAUGGUGGCUGUUUUCGUCCUUAUCCUUGCGGUUAUAUUUGGCUUUGUGUUGCUUUUCAUGAUGGGGUCGUGAUUCAUUUACUUAACCUUUGUUACACAAAUUUUGAUAGCCAAUGCCAUUAGAUGAUUAUUGUUUUGGUUCUCAUAAAUUAGAAUUUAAGUGGAGAAAGAUCUAUUUUGGACUUCUUAA